AUGAAGAGGAUGGUUUCAAAUCAACCGCAAUAUCGACUCAAAUGGAAUAGCUUUCACUCGAAUCUGUCGGAAGUGUUUCGGACAAUGUUAGUGAACGAGAAUUUGGUGGACUGUACGGUGGCGUGCGAUGGGGCGAGCAUUAAGGCACAUAAAAUGGUGUUGGCCGCCAGCAGUACAUACUUUCAAAACCUAUUUAUUGCCAAUCCAUGCAAACACCCCAUCGUUAUACUAAAGGACGUGAGAUUCGCUGAUUUGCAGUCAAUCAUUGAUUUUAUAUAUACCGGUGAAGUGAAUGUACCUCAGGAUCAGUUGAGUUCACUGCUUAAGACGGCCGAAACCUUAAGAAUCAAAGGACUCACUGAAGUCGCGGACAAGGAGUCAAAAAGUCAGCAUUUGGUGCAAUCGAUUGCAAUGAAAACCAAAAAGAGGAAACGAAAGCGAAAUAAGUCACAAAAUAAUAAUGAAAAUGUCUACUCCAGUGAAGAAGAAGAGAGAAUUACUAGCGAAGAUAUCGAACCGAUAAAACUCUUGGAACAAUCCAUGUCUACACCAGAAAACUCUCGACUUGAAUGUGCAAUCGAUGGCUCUUUAGCCACAUCUGAAACUAACUUAGAUCUUGAAGACGGCGAAGACAAUGAAUUACAAGAAAUUCCGUUAAUGGAUGAGAAUUGUUCACAAGACAACUUUAAUCAGUUUAAAGGCUAUUCAAUUGAUAACCAUUUAAGGGUCGGUUUAAAUAGUAAUUGUGCGGCGCCUCAAACCAUUGAAGAAUACGAGCAGUUAUUGUCUGAAAUCCAAUGCAACAAUUUGACGACAUGUCCGGUGUGUGCGAAAGUGUUCAUCAAGAAGUCGAAACUGAUCCGUCACUAUCACACGCACUUC